AUGAGGGGAAUAGCAAGGUACGUGGUGGAGGAACUGUUGGAGGAGGAGCCGGAAGGGGAGAGGUCGAGAAUCAGCGGCUCCAGCUUCAGCUUGGAAGCGAGCGUCUCCAUCCCGAAGCUGUUCUACGAGGGCUCGUACACGCUCCAGGGCCGGUGUCUGCUGCGGCCCGUAGACUGGAGCGGCAAGUUCAACAUGAGCCUCGGUGAGUCGGCCGCGAGCAUCGGAAACGUCACGGACACGUGGAAGCUGACCGCGGAUGUCGUGAAGAAAGGGAAGGAGAACUACCUGGACCUUCAGGACCUCGUCUUCAGCCCUGAAGUGUCCGCCUUCAGCACGUACGCCACGGGCCUGUUCGGGGAGCUGAAGGAAGUAGGCCAGUUCGCCCUGCUGAUGGUGAACAAGCACUGGCAGCUCUUCUUCGACGAGAUGUGGACGCUGGCCGAGCCGCGGGCCGUCAAGACGGGGUCGCGCGCGGUUCGACGCGUUCUCUUCCAGACUCCAGUCGACGCACCGAGCUCUGUGUGA